AUGGCUUUCGAGCGAGCAGACGAAGACAGAAGUACGAAGAACGUGGAGUUUCUGAUCAAUCAGGUGGUUGGGGGUCGGAGAGCCAAGGAUAUCGAUUUCAUAUUUGUAGACACUUCGAAGAAAAGUCAUUACAAGUGUUUCCCGCAGCUGCCGAAUGUGCUGUAUGUACACCGAGAAAGGGUUGGUUUCGACAUCUGCUCCUACAAGGUUGGAUUGGCAAUAGCCCCUCCUCGGAGCUACAAGUAUGUGGUUCUGAUGAACGGCUCCGUGCGGGGGCCAUUUACCACUGAUGAAGAUUUUUUGGCCAUUUUCAAAGAGCAACUGGAUUCUCAGACCCCGGUGGUGGGAACUUCUGUCAAUUGUGAACCCAGGCUACACGUUCAAUCCAUGUUCUUCAUGAUGAAUUCCGUGGGGGCAGAUCUCAUGAAUGCGACCUUGAGCUGCGAUAUCCCCAGCUACCGUGCAGCUGGCAGCGGUCCGCAUGGCGAGUUGAAUCUUUCGGGGAACAUCUUGCAAGCGGGAUUCAACCUGAGAGCUGUGCAGCUUCUUUGGCGCGGCAUGAAUGUCAAAAACCAGUCCAUGUUGAGAAGGACGUGCUCUUUGCUUGGAAAUGAUCCGUAUGCCCCUGGUCGCGAUCGUGAUCCCAAGACCCUUCAACUUCGGGACAUUGAUCCUGAUGAUGUCCUCUUCUACAAGACCACGCGAAAGGUGGGUCAGGAGCGACUUAAGAACCUCACCAAAGUCUUCGAUGAGGAAUGUGCACCGCUAGCCACUGGUGUCAUUGGUGAAGUGCGUGCCGGUCAAAGAGACAACUGUGGUUUGAGGAAUUUCAGCUUUACAAGCUGUGGCUGA